AUGGGAAAUCAUCCAGGACAAAAAUCCUUCCUGACAUCCAGGGGAUUGCUUUGGAAGGCUCUCCUGCCCUUGACCCCAGCAUUGAUUCCCUCUUCCCAACUCCUCUCUAAAGUUUUUUCCUGCCCUUUCAGUUCCUCUAUUAUAGCGGAGAGGACUUCCAUUAACAUCGUCACCAACACCACAUAUUUCAAAAGUGUUAAUUUGUUAUUAGCAUCUGUUUUAAUCUUACUCAUCUCUGUGUUUACCAUAGGCAGUAAGUGUAGUCGCUCAGUCGUGUCCGAGUCUUUGCGACCCUGUGGACUGUAG